AUGAAAAGUUGCUCCGCAGGAAUAGUUCCAAUUCAGAAAGGGGACAAGUUUAGUAAUAUGCAAUGUCCUAAGAAUGAUUUGGAACGAAAGGAAAUGGAGUCUAUUCCCUAUGCAUCAGUGGUUGGGAGUUUAAUGUAUGCUCAAACAUGCACUCGGCCAGAUAUCAGCUUUGCUGUUGGAAUGUUAGGCCGAUAUCAAAGUAAUCCCGGAAUGGACCACUGGAAAGCUGCAAAGAAAGUCCUUAGGUACUUACAAGGCACCAAGGAUCACAUGCUUACAUACAGGAGGUCAGAUCACAUUGAAGUGGUUGGCUACUCGGAUUCAGACUAUGCUGGAUGUGUAGAUUCAAGGAAAUCUACAUUUGGUUAUGUAUUUUUGCUCUCUGGUGGAGCAAUAUCAUGGAAGAGUGCAAAACAAUCAGUUAUUGCUACUUCAACUAUGGAGGCUGAAUUUGUGGCUUGCUUUGAGGCCAGUAUUCAUGCAUUAUGGUUGCGGAAUUUUAUCUUAGGGCUUGGUAUUGUCGACAGUAUAGAAAGGCCGCUAAGAAUUUAUUGCGAUAAUUCUGCAGCUGUCUUCUUCUCUAAGAAUGAUAAGUACUCUAAGGGUGCAAAGCACAUGGAUUUAAAGUACUUAGCUGUCAAAGAAGAAGUGCAGAAACAUAGAGUGUCUAUUGAGCAUAUUGGUACUGAUAUGAUGAUAGCGGAUCCGCUAACUAAGGGAUUGCCGCCCAAAACAUUUUCUGGCCAUGCUGUAGAGAUGGGCAUUAUAGACAAGUCCUUGUUAGCAUAA